CGGAUAUUUGGGGAGGUGCGUGGGGCCCUGGCCACCCCCGCCUCCCCCACACCCGCUGACCGCCCCGGGAGGGGAGAGGAGGGCUGGUUUCCGCUCGGCAGCGCCUCCGAGGGGCAGGAAGCCGCCUUGUCUCCGGGAACCCCUCGCCAGCCCCGCCCCGUGCGCCGCCCUCCGUGCGCCCGGCUCGCGCUCCGCCGCGGCGGGGGGCGCGGCGGACAUGUCCGGCCCGCGCGCCGGCUUCUAUCGGCAGGAGCUGAACAAGACAGUGUGGGAGGUGCCGCAGCGACUGCGGGGGCUGCGCCCGGUGGGCUCGGGCGCCUACGGCUCCGUCUGCUCGGCGUACGACACGCGGCUCCGCCAGAAGGUGGCGGUGAAGAAGCUGUCGCGCCCCUUCCAGUCGCUGGUGCACGCCAGGCGGACCUACCGGGAGCUGCGGCUGCUCAAGCACCUGAAGCACGAGAACGUCAUCGGGCUGCUGGACGUCUUCACCCCGGCCACCUCCGUAGAGGACUUCAGCGAAGUGUACCUGGUGACCACGCUGAUGGGCGCCGACCUGAACAACGUGGUGAAGUGCCAGGUGCUGAGCGACGAGCACGUCCAGUUCCUCGUGUACCAGCUGCUGCGCGGGCUGAAGUACAUCCACUCGGCCGGGAUCAUCCACCGGGACCUGAAGCCCAGCAACGUGGCAGUGAAUGAGGACUGCGAGCUCAGGGUGAGUGCCGGGUUGGGGGGGGGGGGGGGGGGAGGGGCGCAGGGCGCGGAGAAGGUGCUCCUGGGGCCGCUGACCGCCCGCCUGCCCGGGUGCUGGCCCCAGAUCCUGGACUUCGGGCUGGCCCGCCAGGCGGAGGAGGAGAUGACCGGCUAUGUGGCCACCCGCUGGUACCGUGCCCCUGAGAUCAUGCUCAACUGGAUGCACUACAACCAGACAGUGGACAUCUGGUCUGUGGGGUGCAUCAUGGCGGAGCUCCUCCAGGGGAAGGCCCUCUUCCCGGGCAGCGACUACAUCGACCAGCUGAAGCGCAUCAUGGAGGUGGUGGGCACGCCCAGCCCUGAGGUUCUGGCCAAGAUAUCGUCGGAACAUGCCCGGACGUACCUCCAGUCGCUGCCCCCCAUGCCGCAGAAGGACCUCAGGAGCAUCUUCCACGGAGCCAACCCCCUGGCCGUGGACCUCUUGGGAAGGAUGCUGGUGCUGGACAGCGACCAGAGGGUCAGUGCGGCCGAGGCGCUGGCCCACGCCUACUUCAGCCAGUACCACGACCCGGACGACGAGCCCGAGGCCGAGCCCUACGACGAGAGCGUGGAGGAGAAGGAGCGCUCCGUGGAGGAGUGGAAGGAACUCACCUACCAGGAAGUCCUCAGCUUCAAGCCCCCGGAGCCACCGCAGCCGCCGGGCAGCCGGGACGUCGUCGAGCAGUGAGCCGCGCCGGAGCUCAGCUGCCGGGGGGCUGCCCCCCACCACUCGACCCCUGUCCUGGGACCCCCGGUCUGCAUGCUGCUCCCUGUGGGAGGCUGCGCACACGUGUGAACGCAUGAACGUGUGCCCACCCUUGUGCAAGCCGUGGGCGGAGGAGCAGGGACAGCGUGUCCUUGGCCCUUCUCCCACCUCCCAACAACCAGGGCCUCCCCUGGGACCUCCCCGUAGAGGGCCUGGAUGCUUAGGGGCCGGUCCCCCGGGCAGUGUGUCUGUCUCCGGACCUCAGGCCCCGUGGGCUGUCUCUGGGAGGUGGUGCACUGGGACCAGGGCCCCCUGGAGACUCAGAGGGUGGAGUGUCUGUGGUCCAAGCUGCUCAGCCCGGAACUGGGGGGCUACCCUGAGAAAUGCUGAGACCCAAAGCCCUGAGAGCUGGACAGGGUCUUCCCUGGGGGUUGGCAGGGUGGCGACAGCCACGAAGUGUCGAGACGGACUCCUCCUGCAGCCACAUGCUCCCCGGAGCUGUGUGGCAUCUGUGUUCCCGGCAUUUACAUGUCAAGGCAGGCGACAGUGCCCAGGGCCAGUGGCUGUGGCCAGCAGGAGGCCCCAGCUGGGGUAGCUGCAUGCCCCCCUCCCCCAGGGCCUGAUGUCACGGGGCAUGUGCUGUGUCCCACUCGAGGGGCUCAGGUGGGCGAGGAGCAACCACGGGAACCACAGGCAGGGCGCUGUCCUCGGGGUCCCAAGCACCAGGGCGCGGAGCCAGCCAGCCGGGGAGCUGGCGAGCGAGGGGGUGGGGGGAGGCGUGGGGGGCUGGCACCCACUGAGGCGGACUUGGACUUGGGCCUUGGACCCGGGCCGGGAGCUGGUGAAGACGCCUCUGCCCGCUCACUGGCCCUGCGGCCGGGAGUCGGGGCACUGCCCUCCUUCCAGGAUGGAGCUGACCCGCGACCUCUGGGCCAGGCCCUGCUCCAGAGGUGUUGGACGUGUGGCCUCGGGUGGUGACCUCCGACCUCGCAGGCCCCCGGGGGGUCAGACUGUCAAGUGCCUGCUCCGGAGUCUCAGUAAAGGAGGUUUCCUCUUGCUCA